CGCUCGGGCCGGCGGGUCGCAGGCGCUGGUUACAAUGUUGCGGGCGCCGCUUUGUUCCGCCGCUUUGUAUCAGUUCGCCGAGUCUCGGGAUUCCAUCGGCGGGACGUGGUGACCCGAAGCCCGGGCACCUCGCAGCAACUUCUCCCCGCCCGCCCCUCCCCAUGGAAACAUAAACCGGCGGCGCGCCGCGUUGCCAUGGUGCCGGCCCGGGCUUGCGGCGGCACUCGGUGAAUCGUCGCGGGGUCCCGGCGGCGGCCGGGGGGAGCCGGAGCCCCAGCCCCAGCCGCACCGCGGGUGAUGAGGGGUCGGGCUGCCCGGAUCCCUCUCUCCGUGCCCUGAGCAGCUCCCGGCCCGCAGCUCCCUCCCUCCCCCUCUGGCUCGGAUCUCCUCGAUGCUCACCAUGGAUGUGACCAUUUCUGAGCUGCUGGGGCAGUUCCUGGGGAGCCCGCUGGUCACCUGGGUGAAAACCUUUGGCCCGCUGGGCGGGACAAGCGAGGAGAACGGGACCAUGUACAUGGAUCUGGUCGAUGGUGUCUUCCUACACGACAUCAUGUUGGAGAUAGACCCAAGACCAACGAAUCAAAGAGUCAACAAGCACAUCAAUAAUGAUGUCAACUUGCGUAUUCAGAACCUCACCAUAUUAGUGAGGCAUAUAAAGAACUACUACCAGGAGUGUCUGCAACAGUUGGUGGUAAUGAAUCUGCCGAAUGUACUCCUGAUUGCAAAAGAUCCACUCUCAGGAAAAAGCAUGGAUGAAAUCAAGAAAGUGCUGUUACUCAUGCUGGGGUGUGCUGUGCAGUGCGAACGAAAGGAAGAAUUCAUUGAACGGAUCAAACAGUUGGACAUUACAACUCAGACAGCCAUAGUUGCUCACAUACAAGAGAUCACCCAUAACCAGGAGAAUGUGUUUGACCUUCAGUGGAUGGAACUGACUGAGGUGAAUGCAGAAGAUCUGGAGACUCUGUCACGGUCAAUGGUCUUCCACCUGAAGAGGCUUCUUGAUGAUCGGGAUGAGUACUCAGAGAUGAUAGUGGAGCUUACCCAAGACCGUGACUACUUACAGAUGCAGCAGCUAGACUCAAGUCCUGUGAAGUCCCCAAACCCCGACUGUCCACCUAGUCCCAACGGAAAGCUCGACAAAGGGGAGAAGCAGCAUCUCGCGGUGGACCUGGCUGACACCAAGGCAAAACUCAGGAGGAUCAGACAAGAACUGGAAGAAAAGGCAGAGCAGCUCAUUGACUCCAAGCAUGAAGUGGAGCGACUCGAUGCAGAGUCGCAGAGGUUGCGACAGGAGAACAUGCAGUUGACCUCAGAUGCACGUUCGGUGAGAGCGUAUCAAGAUGAGCUGGACUCGCUGCGAGAGAAAGCGAACCGGGUGGACAGACUAGAAAAUGAGCUCACACGGUGCAGAGAGAGGCUACACGAUGUGGAUUUCUACAAGGCCAGAAUGGAAGAACUCCGUGAGGACAACAUAGUCCUGAUCGAGACGAAGACCAUGCUGGAGGAGCAGCUCAUCGUCGCGAGGGCUCGUUGUGAUAAGUUGCACGACCUGGAAAAGGAAAACCUCCAGCUCAAAUCCAAGCUGCAGGACCUAGAAAUGGACCGGGAGGCGGAUAGGAAGCGCAUCGAAGAGCUGCUCGAGGAGAACAUGGUGCUGGAAAUUGAGAAGAAGCAGAGUAUGAACGAGUCGGCGCACCUGGGCUGGGAGCUGGAGCAGAUGUCCAAGAGCACCGACCUCCUGGAUACUGGGCGCAAGUCGUUCGUGCUUGAGAUGAACGAGUCUGCUUCAAGCCGGAUCCUGAAGCUGGAGAAGGAAAACCAGAGCCUGCAACACGGGGUUCAAGAACUCCGACAAGCCUUACUGUCAGCAGAGGAGAGCAAAGCCAGGAUUGCCGAGCUGGAGACGGAGAACAAGCUUCUCAGCGCAAAGGUGGGAAACCUUCAGACGGAGCUUGAACAGGAGAAGCAAAGCAACCAAGACAUGGGGAGCCUGAGUGAGGAGCUUCUGCAGGACAAAGCCAAGUUAAAGGAAAGCAUGGACAUUCUCCAAGCUGAGAAAGAGCGGCAGGUAAAGGCACUGGAGCAGGAGAAUGAACACUUAAACCGGGCCAUCACUUCACUCAGGGAACGUUCAGAAAUCAGUGCGGAAGCCAGGGUGAAGGACAUUGAGAAGGAGAACAAAAUCCUUCACGAGACCAUCACGGAGACGAGCAGCCAGUUAGCCAAGCUGGAAUUUGAGAAGAAGCAGGCCCACAAGGAGAUCCUGCAGUACAAGGAGAAGGAGGAGAGGGCCGAAGCACUGGAAAAGGAUGUCCACAGGCUCGAACAAGACAACGAACAGCUUCAGAAGAAGAUUGCUUCCUUGAAGAUCACGUGUGAGGGUGUCGGGGCCUUGGAACAAGAGGUUUCGAACCUCGAGCUGGAGAACAGCAAGCUGAAGAAGUCUCUCAACAGCUUGCAAAACUCGCUGAUCAAGUUGGAGUCGGUGAAGAAGGACAAUAAGCAGCUGGACGAAGAGAAUGUGGAGCUGAGGAGGAUGGUGGAGACCAUGAAGUUCACGAGGACAAAGCUGAUCAAAGAGGAGAUGGAGAAGCGGGAGCUGGAAAAGGAGAAAGAUGAACUUAGGAAAAGCGUGGAGCUGUUGAAGUCCUUGAAUCGGAAAUCUGAGCGGCUGGAGAUCAGCUAUCAAAGUCUGGAUUCGGAAAACCAGAGACUUCAGAAGGUCCUGGACAACAGCGAUGCCAAAGUCCGCCAGCUUGAGAAGGAGCUCCAGGACACCGAGAAUGAGAACCACGUUCUUAAGAAGAACCUGGAGGAGCUGAAGUUCUCCAGCAAAAGGCUGGAGACGCUAGAGAAGGACAACAAGACACUGGAACACGAAGCAGCACAGCUGGAGAAGGACAAGGCCACGCUGGACAAGGAGAACAAGCGGCUGUGGCAGCAGGUGGAGCUGAAGGAUGCGGUCCUGGACGAGAACAGCCAAAAGCUGUCGAGCCUGGAGAAGGAGAAACGAACACUAGAGAAGGAAGUGGUCAGAUACAAGGAGAGCACAACCAAGCUAAAGGAGCUGGAGGUUAACUACAAGGAAGUGGUCAAGCAAUCUACAAUUAAUACAAGGACACUAGCAACUCUCAGGGAGGAACUCUUCCACGAGAAGCUCAGGAGCCAGGAGCUCUCCAAUGAGUUGGAAAAGCUCAAUCAGGAGUUGGAGAAAAUCGGACUAACCAAGGAGAGACUUCUGCAAGAGGAACACAACAGUGAUGAUAAUAAAUACAAGCUCCUGGAGACCAGGAUCGAAUCCACACUGAAGAAAACACUAGACAUUAAGGAGGAGAAGGUCCAAGCACUCGAGUCUCGACUGGCUGAGUCCAGCAACCUCAACCAGCAACUGCGGAUUGAGCUGAGCACGGUGAAGUGGAAUCUGGAAGCUCUGUUGCAGCGUCAGGAAGAGGAAAAACUUUCGCCUAAUUCCCCCGUGGGCUUCUCCCAGUCGAGCAGCGGCGAGAAGGAAAAGUGGGAGACCACCCUGGAGCUGCUGAAAGUAAAGGACACCGUCAUCGAGGUUGAGAGGAACAAUGCAGCAUUGCAGGCUGAGAAGGAGCUGCUAAAGGACCAAAUAAAGCAGCUGGAAGCACAGAACAGUGCUGUCAACUCCCAGAUCGUCAUCCUGCAGCGACAGGCGGCAUCCAUGCAGGAGCACAGCAAUGCUCUGCAGAUUCAGAACGCCAAGCUUCAGGUUGAGAACUCGACGCUGAACUCGCAGAGCGCCGCGCUGAUGGGCCAGAACGCAAUGCUGCAGAACGCGCAGUCGGGACUGGAGAACGAGAAGGAGAAGCUGGCCAGGCAGAAGGAGGAGCUGAAGGCCACCCACGACUCCCUGCUCCAGGACCACGAGAAGCUGAUGCUGCUCAAUGAGCGGCAGUCUGCGGAGUGCGAAGCGCUCAUCGCCCAGCAGGCCGGCUUCAAGGCCUCGUACAAGAGCCUGGAGUCCAAGCACAAGGACCUGGAGGGCAGGUACCUGGGGUUGCGGAAGGAGCAGGCCAAGCUGCAGCAGCUGGACUCAGAACUGCGAGCGCAGAGGGAGAGCCUGCAGCGGGAGUCCAGGAGGAACGCCGUCAUCACCGAGGAGAACAGGCAGCUGAAGGCUGACGUGAGCAGGCUGCACUCGAUGAAUGGCACACUGAAGGAAGAGUAUGACCGGUUGCAGAGCGUCACCAAGGAGUGCAGGAGCAGUCUGAACAGCACUGAGCUGGAGCUGGAGAGGUGGAAGGCACAGUAUCACGAGCUGAAGGAGCAGCACCAGAACCUGGACAUCUCGCAGACCAAGAUGGGCAAUCAUUGUGAGCUGCUGACCCAACUGAAGAGCAACCUGGAGGAGGAGAAUCAUUAUCUGCUGAAUCAGGUUCAGUCACUGAACCAGCAGAACCAAAACCUCCUGGAGCGGUCCAUGGAGAGCAAGGAACUCUACCAUGAGGAACAGAAGCAGUAUAUUGACAGGUUAAAUUCCCUUCGAAGACAAAAGGAGAAAUUAGAAGAGAAAAUAAUGGACCAGUAUAAAUUCUACGAGUCAACUCCAAAAAGGAAAAAUAACUGGGUGGCUGCAAAGGCACUGGUUAAGCUCAUGAAACCCAAGAAGGAGAGUGCCAAGGAGCGCCUAAAGCUUUCCCCUGAAGGCCAGGUCCGCCAAACAGAACUGACAGAGGCGGCAAAGGUUCCAACUGCUUCACCGGUACAGAGAGCGAGUUUGGACAACUCCUCGCAAGGGUCCAGCUCGCUGGAGGAACCAGCUGCAAGUACGCCCAGUAAAGUCCCCAGUGAAGGCCAGAAGCACAGGGAGCUCUCCGGGAGUUCAACACCCACCCCCAGCACCAAUCCAAGCCCUGAGAGCACCCUUGGGACUCGGCAGCGUCGGGUGGAGCUGGGAUCCAUGGCGUACUCCACCUCCGCCAUCCACCUCGCGGCCUUGCACUCCACUCCCAAGUUCAACAGCCGGCGACACACCAAAACCAAAAGUUUUAACUCGGACGAUGACCUCCGGACACAGUCGCUUGAAUUGGAAUUUACCGAGAACGGGAAUGCAGGCCUGGGUGCUGCAGACCUGGUGGACCGCAGACCGGACAGCCUCAGCAGUGACGACCUGGUCCCCAGUCGAGAUGUGGGAGCUGCUCCCAAAGAGAACGCUCUCUAUCGGUCCAGUUCCACCAUGCUACCCAGCACCAAGCCGGACCCUGCGAUGCCUCAGAGGAGCCCUGUGUCAUACAGCACGCUACAGAGAGUGAAAGAGAGGCAGCUGGAAAAUAGGACCAGGGCAUCCUCGCCCGGCAGCGAAAUGGUGACAUUGGAGGAAUUCCUACAGGAGAGCGGACAGUCAGCAACCAGUGCGAGCUCCCGAGAUGACCUGCUGAGUGACUACUUCAAGAAGAAAAGCAAGCCGUCGUUCAUUAGUGAACAGCCCAACAACAGGAAGGAGGCGACCAAAGUGCCAACCUGCCUCGUUGCGAAGACCUCUUCCGACGCCCUGGACGGGAGAGUCUCCAAGCCGGGACAGUACGUCAGACCAAACCCCCGCCUGGCCGGGCACGACUCUCCGGCCUCUUCCUCCUCUCCCCGGCACGGAGGGGCCCCAGGCACGCCCAAGCUGGUGGAGAAGGUGGCGCAGCCUCAGCACCCAGCGUCCGGAGCUUGCAGAGGCAGCUCACUCAGCCGGGCAUUUAGCCUGGCCUCUGCCGACCUCCUGCGGCUCGAGGGCCACAAGCAAGAGCCGGCGCACAGGGCGGAGGCGGAGGGCCCCCCACUGGGCAGGGACUGCAGGAAGAGCGGCUGGAAGUCGACGGGCGACUGCAGGGGUGCUGGGUCCCAGCCGGAGAGACCGCAGUCUGCCAGGGCUCUGGGCUCCGCCCCCGCCAUCGACAUCUGCUGCCGGACCCUGGACCCCAGGCGCCUCUCCCUGGCUGCCCCCAAGGACGACAAGGUCCUCUCCCUGCCGCUGCGCCACCGGCCAGGCAGCCCAACCCCCAGCGAGCCCAGGGCCCUGGUGUCCCCCGCGAGGGCCACCGAGGAGCAGAAGGGCUGGGGUCGCAGGGUACAGGAGGAUCCCAGCGCCAGCCCCCAGAGCAGGUCUCCGGGGUGUGGCAAUCCUUCCCGCAGCGCCGAGGACCCAGGGAAGGGCAGCACCGGUGGACCAAGAAACACGACGGCUUCUCCCGAUCCCAACAGCGACCAGCAGACGGUGUGGUACGAGUACGGGUGUGUAUAGAGGAGGCGGCACUGCUGGGUCACUGAAUUGGCUCAAAGUAAUGAGAAGUUCCUUUCCGUUUUGAGUACUAAAUGGCAAGAGUUUAUUUAAACAUUAUCCCAGCAGGAAAGCAAUCUGCACACAAGUUUAGUUCAGAAUGAUCUGGAUUCCUGUUUUAAUUCAUUAAGAAAGACUAAACUAUUUCUUUUUCUGGAACUUGGGAGACGCAAGGUAUUUGAGACAGGUGCCUUGAAAUGUGUGCACUGGACUGUCAGGGAGAAUGGUUCAUGUGGCUGCUCUUCAUGUUUAUCUUCACACAGCUAAUAACCAGUUUCAACAGUGAAGGACAUAACAGUUUAACUCAUUCACGUAUGUAACGUUCAACCAGUUUGGCUUCUGGACAGACUUCUGCCAUUGGCAUUGGACUAUGGAAUCGCACUCUGCAUUUAGCCCAGAAUUUUUUGUUAAAUCUUACUCUGCUUCUCCUGUGUCCUUGCAAAACUUUCCCCUAUCAUGAAUCAGAGAUGGUUAGAUCUGAUUUCUCCACACUUUUGGGCAGUGCUUUCCACGUCAUAGUUUAGUACUUCAACAAUGGCUGUUUAGUACUUUCAAUCUACCUCCUUCAGUGGAAAGUUUACUCUUUCAAUUUCCCUUCCUCCUUUCCAACUAUUCCCUCAAAGAUACUUCUGCACUCUGUCCAUUUGUGCAAGGGAUAAGCUGCGAGCAUACAGGUGCUACAGCAAAAGAAAUCGGAGCCAGCAGCACAGCUGGUGAAGGAAGGGAGACGUCGGACAGAGCGGGGUGCUCAGUGGGUAUGGAAACCCCACCAUACCUGCUGAUUGUCUUUCAAGGAAUAGAAGGGACAAAUGCUACUGGGAGGUAACACUCCUGUUCUGGGAAGGCGUCACAUGUUCCAACAUUGACUCUUGCUGCCUUGUGUAUACUUGGGCUUGUGCAUACUGUAAAUAACUGUAAAUGGGAGAGAGAGUAAUUGCAGUGGAAUUUUGGCUGUAAUGUAUAUUCUGAAACCAGGCGAGAUGUUAUGCACAAGCUCUGCACACACAAAGCAAGCAGGUUAAUCUGUUGGUCCGAAGAUCAGCGUUCUUGCUGUACUUUUCCAAGUCUUGAUUGAAUCUCAUACUGUUCUGGAUUAAUUGUGUAAUUCCCCCAGUUAUUGUUUUGUUAAUUUACAUGAGAUCCAAAUUUGGGAUCCAACGGGAAUGCUGGGAGAAUAACAAAGAGAGUAUAUUGUUCUAUUGAUCUUAUCCCUCCAAAAUAAAUAGUUCAACUUUGGAAGAAGUCUCUCUGCUGAUCGGGUGGGAUGGGGGAGGGGGUGGAGAAAUUGAAUGAAAUUUCUUAUGUGUUCAAAGAAUCUCAUGGGUUUUAAGCUCUUUGAGGAACAAGAAAUUGCCUUUGUGUUGUACAUUUCCUUUUGUAGAUAAGGUCAGGACGAAGGGCUUUGAUGUAAUUAAUUUUGUCAAUAAUUACUGGCCUCCAAGAUGCAAAUUGGAGUUUAAUUUGAAAAUGUUACUUUUUCAGCUAACA